AUGCCUUUCGGUACUCUGAAGACAAAGGAAGCUAGAGGCCCCAUCCCUCUCUGCUCUCCGCCCUACCCCGUUGGCCUGGAUGAAUUCACCGAUAUCACAGACAUGAUCCCCGAGGAACUAGAGCUAGAAGAUGAACCCAUUGUCACCCUCACCCUCUUCAACUAUGGCAUGAGUCCAAUUGGCCCAUACAACGAGUUUGUCUGUGGGGUCGAGGUCAAGUUCCAGGGCAAUAAGAUGCCCUUUUCCAUCGAGCUUAUCCUAAACAACGAAGGUGCCAUUUAUGCCGGACGAGAGCGUUGGAGUAUUCCAAAAUUGAUGGGUGUCGUUGAGUUUGAUCCCUCCGCCACGAAUUCAGCUCCUAAUGGAAUCAUAACGGGCCAUGUUGAGCGCCCCGCGGGCUGCAAGCUCGUCCAGUUCGGGUUCAAGCCGCUGAAGAAGGUUCAAGACUGGGGUGUUCUUGAUGGCAUGAAGCGCCAGAGUCUUCACCUUCGCUCCAUCCCUGCGGCGAAUAGUCAUGAUCCCCCAAUUCUCCGGGAGUUUAUCCCUACCUGUAUGGAGAUAACUCAUGCCGAGGUUUGGGCAGGUGAGGGGUCUGUUGGUCUCUUUAAUGUUUCCGAGUUCGGUCCGGUUCAUCGACUCAAGGUCGUGAAAUACGUUGGCGCAACUCUGUGCAGAGGUGCUAGAGCUGUUCUGCACCCAACCUCGAAGACCUUUGCUAUCUGA